AUGAAUCACACGCCUCAAACCGUGAUUGAAGUUCCCCAGUAUUUCGACGAGGUUGACAUAGAUCAUUUAAUGUAUAUGAUUGCUGAUAUGUUGGGCCGUCUAAUUGAUCAUAAUGAUCGGAUUCCUCUGACGCCUGCUAACUUAACCCGAUUUCAUUCCAGAGCUCCACCUGCUAUAACGGUGUCUGAUUAUCUUCGUCGAAUAGUGAGAUACACAUCUAUAGAGAAAGCCUGCCUCUUAAUACUUCUCAUAUAUAUAGACAGAGUAUGUGAACGCCACAAGACAUUCACAAUAACGUCUUUGACUGUACAUCGUUUUAUCAUAGCUGCAGUUACAGCCUCUUCCAAAGCUUUAUGUGAUUCGUAUUGCACAAAUUCACAUUAUGCAAGGGUGGGCGGAAUAUCCAUACAGGAACUAAACACCUUAGAAUUAGAAUUUAUGUUUCUUAUCGAUUGGCAGUUGAUCUGCUCUGGGGAAACAUUACAACAAUAUUACGCGAAUCUAGUCAAACAAAGUACAAGAUAUCGGAGGGCUGUUCCUGCCUCGGAAUGUGACAACUAUGAGUCUGCUAUGCCGAUGGGAGGAACAGACACUAACAAUAAUACUAAAUAA